AUGUCACUGGCAGAGUUGGAUUCAAAUGUCAUUUCAAACAUGUUCUCGUUCGGAUUAUGGUCGGCUCUCGAUAUUGAAUCGUUGAAGUAUACAUGUAAAAGUUUUUAUCACUUGUUGAGUGGAGGCGGCGGCGGCUUCAUUUCACAACAACCACAAGAAACGUUUCACAACACAGCCUCACGAUCGCAACCACAAAUUCAUCUUUCCGAUUCAUUACGAAAUCAAUUGGAAUCUCUCUAUUUACCUCGAGUAGUAAUUCAAAUUGGAGUCAAUGUUAAUUUUUCAUCAGAACAAGAACAAGAACAACCCUAUUCUCCUUUAAUUUGUGAAAUUCAGAAAAUAUUUCAAAACAAGUGUCGAAAAAUUUCUUCACAAGAAAUUGAAAUUGAAAUUCAAUGGCCAACAAAUCCCGGGAUCCUAUGCAACGAAAAUACUGAAUGGUGUAAAAUUUGGAAAUAUUUAGAUAGUGCUCACAUGGAAUCGGAUAAAAAUGGAAAUCGAGAAAUACUGACCGAGUUUUUGCACACUCAUUUUUCAACAACAACAACAACAACACGUGAUGAAAUCAUGAGGCGGGAGGAAGAGUUAUUGAGAUCUCUUGAUGAUGACCAUGAGAAUACAGAAUCUCUUGAUCAUGAGAAUAUAAAAGAUGGAAAGAUGAAGAAAUUCACACGAGAAUAUUUUUCACUUCAUGAAGAAACUCAAUUAAGAAAUGUUAAUCAUGAAAAAGAAACAUCCGAAUCGCAACAGAAGAUGGAACAAGAAUCUUAUCUUUCGAUUCAUGAAUUACUCUAUUCAUGGAAGACAAAGUUUUCCAAAAAUGGAGAAUUUUCAAAGCUCAUCGAUUCCAAGUGGAAUUUCAAUGCUUGUCGAUUAUUGGACAAGUUCAUACUUCAUAUUUAUUUCGUUCCAUGUGAGAGUGAUCGAUCGAUUCAAUAUUCGACUCAACAAUUGGAAGACAGUAUUUCUGCAUCAAUGUCACAUCCAAAAAGGAAAACAUUUCAAAAAGUGAAAAAUUUCAUCAAACCCUAUGGAAAGAUUUAUGAUCGAAAUGGUUUCGACAAGUAUUGUUUUUUACGAUUUGAUGAAUGGCCAACUAGUCAUGCUGAAUUGAAGUAUUCCGUAUUUGUCAAAAUAUUAUUAUAUUACCUUUUUAAAGAUUUCCUUAUUGAGAAGAUAGAAAAACAAUGUAUCAUGAAUUUGAAACAAGUUUAUGAUGCAGAGAGUAUCAACUAUUUAAAAACACUCCUUGAGGAAGAAAAUCGUCAACUCACAAAUUCACAAGCUGGUUCUGAAGAGACAGUUGAACUUUCUGUCACUCGUCAAUCACUUCGAAAUUUUCUACUACUCGAAAAGAAUGUCAUUAAGGCCUAUCAGCAUGCUGUAUUGAAGUUGUGUGAUUCUGCCAGUAGCAAUGACACAAAUGCAUUCUCAAAAAUGUUAUCUAUAGUUCCAAGUUCCAAACAUCCCUCACGUUAUUUACCAGUUCUUUACAUACAGGAACAUUUGACAUUCAUGUCAUUGGAGAAUAUGAAUGACAGAAUGAGAAUUGCAUUUUUACAAAUGUAUUUGAAAUGCAUAUUUGCAUCUGAAUUGAAAAUAUCAGAUUCCAUGAGAAGACACUAUGAAGAACAAAUUGGAAUGAAAUCUCGAAACGGUAUUUCAUGCAGCACUGAGAAUUCCAUCCACUCAUUGACGACCUUAACAUUUACUUUUGAAACUCUUGAAUUUGAUCGAACCAUCACCAAGAUGAAACACAAUAUUGUGAAAUUCCCCACGUUUCCAAGUACGAGUUUGGCAAAUCUCACACACCACCGUCCUGCUCAUUUACGACUCUUUGAAGAGACAUCAGUUCUAGGACGAGCCGAUCGAUUUGUACUCGAGAAGAUUUGCCCUGUCCAGUGGUUGUGUUGUUGCAAUGCUUCCAUGAUUGCAUGUUGUUGUUGCACAACGUGGUGGUGUGGAUGUUAUCGACCAGCGGAUUGUCCAGAUUUUAUGCAGUGGUUAGGAUUUCCAUCGUGGUUAUACUAUUUUAUUUGCGACAAACAUCGAUGGUUACCUUCCUUCGACUGUGGUUUGUGUUGUGACGUCUUGUGUUGCAAUUCAGCAGAAGAGUUUAGUUCCUUUCGAGUGUAUAAGGAUGCAACUGUGAAUGAUGAUUUUUAG